CUUUGUUUAGACAGCCAUUUUUUUGAAGAACAGUGAUUUGUGUUAAUGUGCUGUUUGCCACUCCCCAUGCAAAUCAUCAAGAGCUCUAUAAAGGGUCUGUUUGUCACUGACACUUAGACGCUGAUGAAAUCUUUAUUUGGCUGCAUAGAAUCAAGUAUCAGUAUCGCACAAACUGAUCAGUCAGAUCCGGUUUAAAUCUUGAAUACGUUUUUUUCCAUAAUAAAGGCAUCGUGCGCUGUUCACCAUUAAGGUAAGACCAAAUAUUACAAACAGAUUGAAAUCUUUAAAAAGAUAUGCAACACAUUACAAAAUUUAAAUGAUUUAUUAAAACAAAUGAAAGACAGAAAUAUAAAUGGUACUUCUGGUCAAGAGGAAGUUGGUUGAUGUGUUUUGUGGUGCCAUAUCACUAUUAAAUGUCUCCCUGUUUGCCUCCUUAGUUGAUCAAAUAUCAGUGCAAAUAAGCGAUUUAAGUUCUUCUCUGCCAUUAACAGUUAUGAAUAAUAUAAACACCAGAAAUCACAAAACAAAAUACGCAGGCAGCGAUUGUUUUGAUAAAAUGUUUUUCUUUGUUUUUCCCGUGUUUAUUGUGCAUCACCCUGGCUGAUAUUGUGAUGGUAAAGCAGAAUUAGAGAUGAAUAGAUCUCCUUUGUGUGCAGCACAGCAUCUCUCUGUAGGCUCAUCCACCUGAAAGCAGGAAAGCAUGGCAGGUGCUGCCCAGCUUUUCCUGCUGUGCUGCCUGCUUCAAGGUAGUUCAUGCCAGAACUGGGCGAGCUUCAUGCCUCAGAGUCUACAGGGACUCAGUGGGUCCUGUGUGAGGAUCAACUGCACUUUCAGCAUUCCCACAACAUAUGAUCAAUACCUGGAUGAUACCUGUGUAGCCAUGUGGAACACAGGCGCUACGACAGUGUUCAACUCUGGGCUCAGUGGGCAAAGUGCAAACAUUCUGCAAGGAAACCUAACAGGAAACCUGCAUACAAAGAACUGCACCACCGUCUUCCACAACAUGUCACCAAAAGAUAAUAACACAUAUUACUUCAGACUGGAGUGUAACAAUCUAAAGUACAGCUUUCCAUCAAACGUCCAGAUCACCAUGACAGACUCACUGCCUAAACCGGUCAUAACUCCACCCUCGGUGGAGGUGCAAGAAGGAGCUCCAGUGAGGGUGGAGUGCUCGGCUGUAGCUCCCUGCCCCCUUCUUCCCCCGGCUCUCACUUGGACCCCUGCUAUAGGUGACGUUAAGAAGAACCAACAAGCUGCAUCUGUGACCUCCGUUAUGACCUUCACUGCUUCCCGCCUCCACAACGGACAGAGGUUACAGUGCUCUGCUCUCUACAGCCGACAGGCUGGAAACACUGACCUUCAGUAUGAAAAUAAUCUGACCCUCCGCGUUCUCUAUCCUCCAAACAACACAUGGGUCAGCCACUCCAGUCCCGUGAUAGAGGGCACCUCGGUGAACUUGACCUGCAACACCGACGCAAAUCCGUCCGUGGACAAGUUCACCUGGUACAAAGUGGAUGGAGAUCAGGUGGAGGCAGUGGGUUUCCACGCUUUGCUUUCCACUAAUGUCUCAGAGGCGGACAGCAGCUUCUUCUGCCAAGUCGGUAACAGAUAUGGAAGCCAGAACUCGUCCACCACUCAGAUAGACGUACAGUUUCCUCCCAAGGGAACCACAGUCAUUGUCCAACCCGACGGUCCCAUACUGGAGGGGGUCUCCGUGUCUCUGCUCUGUAAGAGCCGUGCCAACCCCCCCGUGACCAACUACACCUGGUACAAAGAUGAUGAGAAGAAGGUGUCUGGGUCGAGCUUGAAUAUAAGCAACGUCAGCCCGAGCCACAGAGGUCACUACCGCUGUGAGGCCAGAAACGAGCUGGGGGAGGGUCAGUCAGCAGCGACACAGCUGGACAUUCAGUCCAGGGGAACCCUCUUCCCUCCCUUUUAUGGCAAUUGGCUGGAGAGGCUGUCAAUCACUCUGUCAUCCCAACCACAGAAGUUCCCCUUGGGAGUUUGGUUAAGUGGAGCCAAAUAA